AUGCGCCUACUCCAGCUUGGAGCCGCCGGCGAGCUGACUUUGACCAAGGAUCUGGCGCGCGACAUUCCUCCAUAUGCCAUACUCUCUCACACUUGGGGGAGCGAGGAUGACGAAGUCACACUGCAAGAUCUAUUGAUGGAGACAAGGAAAGAUGCAAGCUGGCGACAAACCUCGGGCUACCAAAAGAUCCUGUUCUGCGGGCAGCAAGCCAAGUUGGACGAUAUUGAGUACUUCUGGGUAGACACAUGCUGCAUCGACAAGACCAGCUCUGCCGAACUGACAGAGGCCAUCAAUUCCAUGUUUCAGUGGUAUCAGAAAGCACAGAAAUGCUACGUGUAUCUGGCCGACGUGGUGCAUGGCAGCUGCGCAAUCGACGCAACACCAGAAACAGCGUGGAAGUCAGAGUUUCGGAGGAGCAAGUGGUUCACCCGCGGUUGGACGUUGCAAGAGCUAGUUGCUCCACAAUAUGUCGAGUUCUUCUCCUCUGACAGGCAGCGCCUGGGUGAUAAAACGUCACUCUUGAGACUCAUUCAUGACAUCACCGGUAUCGCGAUUGAUGCUCUAAAAGGACAACCGACGUGCGAGUUCAGUGAGCUGGAUCGCAUGUCGUGGUUGGAAAAGCGCCAGACGACACGCGAAGAAGACAUGGCCUAUUGUAUGUUGGGCAUCUUCAAUGUUCAGAUGCCUUUGCUGUAUGGCGAGGGCAGGGAGCGUGCGCAGGUUCGACUUCGACAGACCAUUGCGAGUUGGCUAGGCUGGCGCUCUGAUGGGCAACACGGUCAAUUGACAGCUGAUAGGCCGGAAUCACCUUCGAUUGUGCCCCUUAGCAGAGACGCUAGGUUGGUGGAUGGCCAUGGUCAGUCGAAGCAGCUUGAAGGGAAGGUUCAUCUCGAUGUAAACAAGGAAAAUUGCCAGAAAAUGGCCAGCGAAGCGCCAAGGUGGAACGGCAAGAAGCAGCUCUCGCUAAAAUCACGGUUAUUACAAGCGCUCGAGGACUUUUCGCUCGUCGGUGAACUCUUGGGACAACACGAGACCAAGGUAACUGACAUGAAGAGCUUUUACUAUACCCUAUGCGGGUAUUGCCUCAUGUUACAUCGGGGUGAUAGAGAAAGUUUACCGAAAGACCCUCGUGUUCUUCAAGAUAUCCUGUUUCGCCUGGAAUUGACCAUCUCUGAAGAUAUAGCGGAAAGCCAUGUACAUGGACUAAAGGUCUUUCCGGGUCUGGAAGCACUGCACCGCUUCGUUUCAUCCAGUCAAGACACCAACUUGAGGAAAGUCGAGGCGCUCACAAGAUGCAUCAAUUUCGGAACAGAAACGGAUCGUGCCGCUUUGUUAAAUCUCCUACAAGACUUCAUCACCGCCUCUUUCUCUAGCGAAAGGGCUGAUGCUACCAUAUCGGGAGAGGAUGAACAAUCUCCCUAUCGAAAAACUCGACAAAAGCCGCCACAGGAGAUCUGGCCUGCUGCUGACACGCUUUUCAAAGUUCUUUCUUCCAGAAGACCCUGUUCUUGUGAUCCCGCACACGGAUUCUCUGUGCAAGUUUGUCUUGAGACCCACCGCGCCAAACUAAAAGACGGUGACUUUGAUCUUUACCUGGGAAUUGAGAGGAUGUGGCAGGAAGCUCAUGUUGAGACAACUGCUGUGGAAACGAGAGAAAGUCGCAAGCUUCCCAACGAUGCUAAUUCUUCUGCCUUGUCUGCAAAAGAACGUACUGGUAAGGGACGGUCUAAAGUGGUCGAACGCUUAUGUGACGACAUAUUGAAAAUCUCAAGACUACCAGACUAUCGUCUCAAGUUUCAGUUGGAUCGCGACACUCUCUGGAAGCUGCAAUCAGAGGAAACCAAUUUCAAAAUGGACAAGUCCAAACCACCAAUCUCUCUGGAACAAUUCCUUGUCGAAAAACAUCAUUUGCUCAACGAGAAAACAAAAAGGAUCCUUAGUGUUCUUUUGGCUUAUGCCGUGUUCCAUUUGCAUGGCACCCCAUGGCUACAGUCACCUUGGGGUUCCUCAAACGUCAAAUUCUUCUCAACAAGUGGCGGUUUACCCCUUCGCCCUUACCUCGAAUCGUAUCUUGAUCACAAUGUCGGCGAAACUUCAGCAGGACUCCUAGGAGGGUAUGGAAACGAAGACAUUGACCCCGAUGACCUCCUAUUGCUGCCACCUUAUCCUUGUUUGGUAGACUUGGCCGCUGUGUUGAUCGAGAUUCAUCAAGCAAGACGCCUCAAUUCUCUGGCAGAACAAUACAACAUUUCAGGAGCUGAUGAUAUGGAUAUAGGAGCUCGGUAUUUCUUGGUGAAAGACGUCUUCAAGCACUGUCAUCAGGACAUCACCGAUCAAACGCGAUCAGCCAUUUCCGCAAGCCUAGAUCUCAAAAUCGGCUUGUCUGAUGAUGGAGAGCCGAUGGAUGAAUACGCUUUGAGAGGUGUCCUUUACGAAAAGAUAGUCCGCCCAUUGGAAGACGAACUAGAGAACGCCUUUAGCAGCCUUUCAGUCGAUAAGCUCGACGUCUUGGUUCAGAGAUUGGAUCUCGCAAGUGGGGGUCAACCACUGCACAUUGAUGUAACAUCUCGCUCUGAUGUAGUCGCUGGUGCAGAAAUGCAGAAGCGAAAGCGAUCGGAUAGCCUGUCAAGACCGCGGGUCAGAUUUCGUACCUCGCUUGAUGUCGAAUGA